AGCUGUUUAUCCCUGUUGUCUGUUCUUUUCUUCUAAAAUCACCAAAUUUCAAAAUACAAUAAUAAUAUUAUCGUUUAUUUUUAUUUUGGAUAAUAAUUUGAAAUUUUUAUAUUUUGUCUGGAAAGUGAAAAAAGCAUGGAAAUUCGGAGUGUAAAAUCUAUUUAUUACAAUAUUAACAAAAUUGUUCAAUAAUUCCGUACAUGGAGUUUCAAAGUUUUAUUGAGGUUAACCUCAAGAUUUACAUUUUUUAUUUUGAUGCUGUUAAAAAUUCAUCUUGAAAGAUGAUCUUUAAUUAUACUUGUUGUUGGCGAAAUUUGCUGAUGACUGCACCAAUAAAAUUGUAUUUGAAUCAGAGAGCAUGUCGAAUGAAUGGAAUGAAGCUCUCAAUGAUUUACAGCAACUACUCAACAGACAAUGAAGAUGCAGUGCAGUACUUGGUGCAGUUGUCAGGUUGCACAAAGAAAAAAGCUGAAUCUCUUUGCAAAAAUCGAAGUUUAAAUAUAGAAGACAUUAAAAGCUCAUAUGAAUUUCUAAAUAAAGUAGGAGAAAUACAGAAUCUAUCAAAAUAUUUGAGAGUAUUGAUAACUCAUCCAAUGACUUUGGAAAAUCAUUACAUGAUUCUAGAAGAAAUUGGCAUUCGAAAAAGCAGAUUGAAUCUUAAAUCUAUUAAAAGGUUCUAUCCGAUACUAAAUUCAAGUCAAUCUAGAUUGAAGGAACUUGGCUAUCUUGAUGAAGAUGCUAAUGUGAUGCAGAACUGUUUGUCUCAUGCAGAGUUACCAGACAAUGUGGAAAUGAAUAUUCUUCAAGACAAAACCGGAGAAAAAUUGCAAUCAAAAGAUGUUAUGGUUGCUAUUAUCCAUAGAUGUGUUAUGUCCCUCCUACUCAGAAAUAAAUUGCAAAACUCAUCGACUAACGAUUUUUCUGUACAUAAAAGGUUGAAUUUCAAAAGUUUGAGAUAUAUUUCUUCUUCAUACGAUAUUUUGACGAGAAGAUUUGGAAUUCCAGUACAAAAAGUUCUUAAUGAUACAGCGCUAUUGUGUGCCUCACCUAGUAACAUGGAAGCAAUUAUUGAUGGUAUUCCUACACUGGGAGGAAUCGAAACAAAAGAAAUCGUCAAGAUUUUCCCUAAAAUCGUAUUCAACGAUUACUCAUCAUUGAUCAGAAUCAAUGAAUGUCUUGAAAAGUACAAUAUAUCGCCAGAAACAGUGCUCGAGACACCGAUGGUAUUCACACUGCGCCCUGAAAAUGUCGAGGAGAGGUUGCUCACAUUCAAAACUAAUCCGGAUCUCAACAUGUGGUCUUUUCAUCCACAAAUGUUGCGCACGGUUCUUUACCAGAGAAAAGUUCUCAAACGUGUCGACAAAUUGAAAGAAAGUAAUCUGAAGUGCUCUUCACUAUUCUUGCUACAGUGCAAUGAAUCCAAUUUCAACAAGAGAAAGGAAGGACUGGACAAGACGAGCGGAGCUGAUGUAGUUUGGCUGCUGAGGAAACGCCUUGAUGAAGUCUCGGUCGACGCAGACGCGAUUAGAAGCAAACUAAAAAGGCAUCCUCAUUGGCUUUAUGUGCCAUUAACCAACAUUAAAGCAACACUCGACUUUCUCCUUGAAAGAAAAUUCACCAAGCAAGAAAUAUAUAAAAGUCUUCUGAUUUUGCUUUACCCACGGAACAUUGUUGAGCAAGAACUUGACAAAUUAUCGUCUCAGGAUGGCAUCGAGUGCUGUAAGCAAGGAAACGAACUGAGACAGGAAACCAUUCUCCCUCUCACUUUGUACUUUAUCGAACUUCGACACCAUUUCAGCCCUGAAGCAAUAUGGUCUUACGGAAAGUCGGUAGAUUACGAAAAACAAACAGAAGCCACCAAUGAUAACAGAUAUCAAUACAUCAUGACAAAUACAUGAGUGUCAUUACAUCAAUUACACGUGAUUGACUAUGGAGUAACAACAAAAACUGGUAUCUUUUUAUUUUUAGGAUUUUGUGGCGUGAUAACUUUCAUUUAACCCGUGCUCAGCAAGAUUUAACUUCUAGGUGUGAGAAAAUAUUUCAAGUUUCAAUUCUAGUUGAACUUUGGUAUUAUUUCGGAAUCUCUUGAAGGUAUAACGUUCUGUAAAUUGUAAAUACAGUAGAAGAUCUAAACAUGUAUUUAUGUAUCUAGUUGUAAAUAAUACUAGGUAAUCAAAAACUUUCUAUUAUUUUCUAAAGCAUAACUUAUUUAUAUUCAUUGUAAGGACCUUCACACACAUAUCGAUUUUUGUUCGUACGAUAUUUUGCCGUCCUUAUAAAUUCUAUUAGAUUAAACAGAUGAUUUCAAACAGAUGACGUUUGUCAAGUUCCGUCUAAUCUAAUAGAAUUCAUAAUGACGGCAAAAUAUCGUACGAACAAAAAUCGAUGAGUGUGUGCGGGGCAUUAGAUUAGCAGUAUAUCUUCCAGUAUGCAUUCUACAUUAACAUCAUUUAAUAGGUAUUGAAGAAUUUAUAUUUUCAUACAGUAUUUUUUUCUUCCUUUGGCUGUAUUCUCACUUUCUACUUAAUUUAUUAUUGAUAUGAUCGCAGUAUUGCAGUAUUCAAUUGCUAUGAAAAGAUUUGUUACUAGCACAAGUCUCAGUUAAACAAAAAUAUACAGUGGCAUCUCAAAAUAGUAGGUACAUCUCAAGGGAUCGUUAAAAAAAAUGUAGGUACCCUAUUACGAGGUCUGUACUAAUUCGGGGUGUGUACUGAAUUAAGGCUAAAAAUAAACUUUCUACUGAUGAUAUUUUUCAAAGUUUUUCGACUUGUAUAUCAUCAAGCUAUCAACAUGAAAAAGUUUUCU